CGCUACAGAUCUGAGACUGGAGGAGCAGAGUUUAAGGCCAGCCUGGGCUACGUGUUGCGAUGCAGUGGGGAUGUUGCCUUCAAAUUUCCAAGCCGAAGAAACCUUAUUUUGUUAAAACCUAAAGGAAGUAAAAGAACACCGCCCCCCACAACAGCAGCAGCGGGGUUCUCUGCUCAUGAGUUGUGCAGUAGCAGGCACCAGUAUGUUGGGCUGGGUCCAGAAGGUGCUGCCUCAGCCUCCAGAGACCCCUCAGAAGACUAAGGAGGAAGCAGAACCAGAGCCAGAACCAGAGCUGGAGCCUGAGGCAAAACCAGAACCUGAACCAGAGCCUCAGCUGGAGCCAGAACCAGAGCCAGAACCCGAAACAGCCCCUGAAGAGGAUGUGCCAGAGACCCCGACCCUGCCGCCUGAGGAGCCAAUGGAAGGGGAAGGUGUGGCUGAGGCUGGCCCUAGCCUUCAAGAGGCCCAGGAAACUGACCCUCCUCAGUCUACCUCUCAGGCCCAGGUGACUGUUGCCAAGGUGAACAGCCCCAGCUCCUGGGUGCUGACCUGGUUCUGGAAGGGCAUGGAGAAGGUCGUUCCACAGCCUGUCUACAGGAGCAAGGGGGGCCAGAACCUGGUUGCUGGAGUGGAAGACCCAGAUCAGGCUGGAGUACAGAUUCGGGGGCCCUGUGGCACCGGGGAAUCAGGGUCUGCAGAUGGUUCAGACGAAGCUUCCAGGGCUCACGAUACUGAACCCAGCCUGUGGCUGCUCAGGUGGCUUGAGCAGAACCUGGAGAAAGUGCUGCCUCAGCCCCCUAAGCCCUCCGAGGCCUGGAGAGCUGAACCUGAACCUGAACCUGAACCUGAGGCUGCUGUCUUGGACCCAGAUCCUCUAGAACUCCCGAUGGAGACAGAGCCCACAGAGAGUCCCUCCCAGCCCAAUCCUGGAACCCUGGAGCCCAAGAAGAAGCCAGCUGCAGAGCCCCAGCCUGGUUUCCAGGCCUCUUCCCUGCCACCAUCUGGGGACCCUGUCAGGCUGAUGGAGUGGCUCUUACACAGGCUGGAGAUGGCCCUGCCGCAGCCCGUGCUGCACGGGAAGGCUACAGAGCAGGAACCUGGCUGCCCUGAGACAUGUGAUGUGCAGACCAUCAGCAUCCUCCCGGUGGAACAGGUAGAGCAUGAUCUUAUCCUGGAGGAGGUGGAUCCCUGCUGGGAGGACAUCCAGGAGGAAGACAGUGCCAGCCAGCAGGAGGGCAGUGCCUGUCAGCAGGAGGGCAGUGCCUGUUACCAGGAGGACAGUGCCAGCCAGCAGGACGGUGCCUGCCACCAGGAAGACAGUGCCAGCCAGCAGGAAGACAGUGCCAGCCAGCAGGAAGACAGUGUCUGUCACCAGGAAGACAGUGCCAGCCAGCAGGAAGACAGUGUCUGUCACCAGGAAGACAGUGCCAGCCAGCAGGAGGACAGUGCCUGUCACCAGGAAGACAGUGCCAGCCAGCAGGAGGACAGUGCCUGUCACCAGGAAGACAGUGCCAGCCAGCAGGAGGACAAGGAAAGAGAAGAGGAGGAGGAGGAAGAGGAGGAGGAUGGGGAGGAAGAGGAGCCUGUUGUCCUGCUGGAUAGCUGUUUGGCGGUACAGGCUGAUGUGGACCAGUGCCACCUAGGCAGGACACAGCCACAGAUAACAUCGCUGCAGGAGUUGCCAGAGGAGGAGGAGGCGGAGGAAGUGGAAGAGGAGGUAAAGGAGGAGGAGGCCACAAGCUCAACAGAAGAUGUCUUUCAAAGGUACCGGGGAAAUGCUGCCCAGAGCACAGUACCAGGCACAAAGGAGCACCCAGAGCUCCAGGUAGAGGACACGGAUGCUGAUGCUGACAGUCUCCCCCUCAUCCCAGAGGAGAAGGUCCCUUCACCGGAGAGACCACCUUCACCUACCAAAUCUGAUACCCUCAGGGUCCCGGGCUCUGCUGCAGCAGUUCACAGGAAGAAGCUACCUUCUCAGGACGAUGAAGCCGAAGAGCUCAAGGCACUGUCACCCGCUGAGUCCCCAGUGGUUGCCUGGUCAGACCCCACCACCCCACAGGAGGCUGAUGGUCAGGACCGUGCAGCCUCCACAGCCAGCCAGAACAGUGCCAUCAUCAACGACCGGCUCCAGGAGCUGGUGAAGCUGUUCAAGGAGCGCACGGAGAAGGUGAAGGAGAAGCUCAUUGACCCCGACGUCACCUCCGAUGAGGAGAGCCCCAAGCCCUCCCCAGCCAAGAAGGCCCCAGAGCCGGCCCCAGCGCAGAAGCCCGUGGAGGCGGAGGCAGCAGAGGAGGAACACUACUGCAACAUGCUCUGCUGCAAGUUCAAGCGCAGGCCCUGGAAGAUGUACCGGUUUCCCCAGAGCAUCGACCCGCUCACCAACCUCAUGUACAUCUUGUGGCUGUUCUUCGUGGUGCUGGCCUGGAACUGGAACUGCUGGCUGAUCCCCGUGAGGUGGGCCUUCCCGUACCAGCGGCCGGACAACAUCCACUUCUGGCUGGUGAUGGAUUACCUGUGUGAUCUCAUCUACCUCCUGGACAUCACCGUGUUCCAGAUGCGCCUGCAGUUCGUCAAAGGCGGGGACAUCAUUACAGACAAAAAGGAGAUGCGUAAUAACUAUCUGAAGUCUCGCCGGUUUAAGAUGGACGUGCUCUGCCUCCUGCCCUUGGACUUCCUCUACUUGAAACUCGGAGUGAACCCCCUCCUUCGCCUGCCCCGCUGCUUGAAGUACAUGGCCUUCUUCGAGUUUAAUAACCGUUUGGAAGCCAUCCUCAGCAAAGCCUACGUUUACAGGGUCAUCAGGACCACUGCCUACCUGCUGUACAGCUUACACCUCAACUCGUGUCUUUACUACUGGGCAUCGGCCUUCCAGGGCAUCGGUUCCACUCACUGGGUUUAUGACGGCGUGGGGAACAGUUACAUCCGAUGCUACUACUGGGCCGUGAAAACUCUCAUCACCAUCGGAGGGCUGCCCGACCCCCAGACGCUCUUCGAAAUUGUCUUCCAGCUGCUGAAUUAUUUCACAGGUGUCUUCGCUUUCUCUGUGAUGAUCGGACAGAUGAGAGACGUGGUGGGAGCCGCCACAGCAGGCCAGACCUACUACCGCAGCUGCAUGGACAGUACGGUGAAGUACAUGAACUUCUACAAGAUCCCCAGGUCUGUGCAGAACCGUGUCAAGACCUGGUAUGAGUAUACCUGGCAUUCACAAGGCAUGCUGGAUGAGUCAGAGCUGAUGGUGCAGCUUCCAGACAAGAUGAGACUGGACCUGGCCAUCGAUGUGAACUACGACAUUGUUAGCAAAGUGGCGCUCUUCCAGGGCUGUGACCGGCAGAUGAUCUUCGACAUGCUCAAGCGCCUUCGCUCGGUUGUCUACCUGCCCAAUGACUAUGUGUGCAAGAAGGGGGAGAUUGGCCGUGAGAUGUACAUCAUCCAGGCGGGGCAGGUGCAGGUGCUGGGCGGUCCAGAUGGGAAAGCCGUGCUGGUGACACUCAAAGCUGGAUCGGUGUUUGGAGAGAUCAGCUUGCUGGCCGUAGGGGGCGGGAACCGGCGCACGGCCAAUGUGGUGGCCCAUGGGUUCACCAACCUCUUCAUUCUGGACAAGAAGGACUUGAAUGAAAUUUUGGUGCAUUACCCUGAAUCUCAGAAGUUGCUCCGGAAGAAGGCCAGGCGCAUGCUGAGAAACAACAACAAGCCCAAGGAGGAGAAGAGUGUACUCAUCCUGCCCCCACGUGCGGGCACCCCGAAACUCUUCAAUGCCGCCCUCGCUGCAGCAGGAAAGAUGGGCGGCAGGGGCGCCAAGGGUGGCAAGCUUGCCCACCUGAGAGCCAGGCUCAAGGAACUGGCAGCAUUGGAGGCAGCCGCGCGGCAGCAGCAGCUGCUGGAACAGGCCAAGAGCUCGCAGGAAGCUGGGGGAGAGGAGGGCUCCGGAGCUGUGGAUCAACCUGCACCCCAGGAACAGCCAGAACCCAAGAAGUCCCAGGAGCCCCCAGAGCCUCAGGAGCCCCCGGAGCCUCCGGCCCCACGCUCUCCACCUCCGGCCCAGAAGAAGCCAGAGGGUGGCACGGAGGAGGUGGUGACUGGGCCCUCGGAGCCCCCGGAGUCCCCGGAGCCCUCAGUGAGGAUCCGCGUGAGCCCAGGCCCGGAUCCUGAGGAGCAGACGCUGUCGGUGGAGAUGCUGGAGGAGAAGAAGGAGGAAGCAGAGUGAGGCACAUGCAGUGCCCCGUGAUCCAUGAUCCCCAUCCCCGGGUGCACGCCUGGCGGUAGAACUGCCUGCCUGGACAGUCAUGUGGAAACCCUCAAACGGUGGUGGUGUUCUUGAGCUCUUACCAUGGGUGGAGCACCCUGCCCCCUCCCACAGUUGCUAUUUUCUUUUUUUAAUAUUUAUUUAUUAUGUAUACAAUAUUCUGUCUGUGUGUAUGCCUGAAGGCCAGAAGAGGGCACCAGACCUCUUUACAGAUGGUUGUGAGCCACCAUGCGGUUGCUGGGAAUUGAACUCAGGACCUUUGGAAGAGCAGGCAAUGCUCUUAACCUCUGAGCCAUCUCUCCAGCCCCCCACAGUUGCUAUUUUCAAGAAGAAACCGGCCUUGCACUUUUAAAAGUUUUUAGGAGGGAAUAGAAGAGGGCUCCGACAUCACGGAGCGCUCUACUAGAAAAAUCAAGGGUUGAUGAUACGGCAGGGUCCCACCAGAACCCACCCUUCGUUUAAGUGAUGGGGAAGAGCUAGAGUGGGAACCCAGAACUGGGGAAGCUGAGGCAGGAGGAUCCUUGGAUCAACGUCAACCAGGGUUACAUAGUGAGAAUCUGCCUCAAAACAAACCAAUAGCAAAACAGCUUAGGAGUUUCAAGUUCCUGCAAACACAAGAGUCUCGGCGAUGGCAGAGCAGGCGAUCCAGGUACUUUGUACACUGCAGGUAACGAUUGGCAUUCUUCUCUCACCCCUUUAAAGUUUUGCUUAUUUUAGUAAGCAAUGACAUUAAAAGUUCUCUGUGCUAUUCCUGGCACCCGUCCUCCCUGACCACUCUCGAGCACCGUGUAACAACUGUGAAAAAACCUAGUGGUUCUCUGUCAGCACACAGAGAGCAUGCUUGUAGCUGGGCAUCAUGGAGCACUAGAUACUGAGGCAGGAGAAUCACAAGUUUGAAGUCAGCAGGACUUCAUGACAAUACCCUAUGCCAAAGGGGGAAAGAAGGGAAAUGCACUGGGCCAUUGGUGACAGCAGCGUAGUCCCUUGUUCAGAUGUGUGGUGGUGACAUCUUGUCCACUGUUCAUCAGCGAGCAUUUGGGUUGCUUCCUAUCUCAUAUUAUUAAGAAUAACAUUGCAGGAUAUUGAGAGGGGUCAGUGAAUAAAGGCCCUUGCCACACCACCGCGCAUGCUUGACGACCUGAAUCUCUGAAACCCAUGCGAAGGUGAAAAGAAUCAGCCCCACAAAGUUGUCUUCUGACCUUCACAUACGCACUGCAGCACACACGUACACAUACACAUACAUGCACGCACGCAAGAGUGACAAUAAUAAAACCAUCUUGUACAGAAUGGAGUUGGCCUUACUGUAGAGCGCUUGUCUGGCCUGGUUUUGAUCCUCAAUACCAAAAGAAAGAAGACUCCCACACAGAUCCAGUCUUACGGGUACACCGUAUUUUUUUUUUUUUUAAGCAGGGUGAGUUUGAAGUCUAGUCAUAUUUUUUUUAGCCCUAGUAUCCUCACGUAUUAUUCCCAUAUCUGCCCCCUAGAAUCUAAAGCCCAAGCUUAGUAAAUGCUUUCACCCGCAGCAGGUGUUUCAGAUGUUCCUCUAAGGUAAACAUGCUGCCCUUCAGUAGAUGGCGAAUUGCUUUCUGACCUGCCACUGUGACGGUCUGCAUCUUCCUGACCCCACCACUGUGAGGUCCUGCUUCAUAAGGAAUCUGUUUUCUGUUGCUGCACCUACUCUUUUAGAUGCUGGUCCCCGAAAAUAGUCGGCUUAUUACAGAAAGCAAGAGGUUCUUGGGGUUCCUGGAAAGAACACUAACUCUGAAAUGAGAUUGCCAGUGUCUUCAUUUCACCGAGCUAUCUCAUUCAGGAUAACCUUCUCGCAGAACCCAGAUAUUAGAUAAACUGAGCUGGAGACAGGCAUUAAUCUCCAGAUUAAAUUGGACUGGCUGGCCUCUGAGGCGUGAAUGACACAGCUCAGAGAUCGCCCUAAUCCCGAAGUCAGAACGGAGGAGUAUGAGUGACUGUUGAAUCUCUCUUUUAAUCUCCCCAGUGUGUCUUGUGUUUUGGUAGAUAAUGAACCGUACGCCGUCUUUUAUUUUUAACUGCACAGAUAUUUUAAAUAGAAUUA